AUGUCGACUCGAGGAAAAGAGGCUGUUGAAUCUUCAAGAAAAGGAAAAGAACCGGUUCUUCCAGCUGGUAGUGAAGAGGAAUUUGAUAGUGAGGAAACGGAGACUUCUGAAGAGGCGGGUGAGACUGGCUCGAGUUCCGAUGAAAGAGCUGGUCUCCCUGAUUCUUUCUUUGAAAAGGGACUUGUAAGACCUUCCGUCGCUCUGGCCCAACCACCAGCUGUUCCGAGAAAACGGAAAGAGAGAGUCAUCAUGACCUAUCCUAAUCGGAUGACGGUAGACGUUCUCAGUGGAGACGAAGAGGAUGAAGAGAAUACAAUGCCUCUUGUUCGUAGGCAAAGAUCUCAAUCUUCCACUCAAGCUCAAACUCAAGUCCCUCCCAGCACUGAAUUACGCACCAAACAUCGUCACGAAGGUUCUGAAGCACAUCCACUGAAGAAACAAAAGAAAGCUGUCUCCAAACCACGCGUUCAUCUUCAUGCUCUAGAAGAGACGUCUGGUCAUAGUGUUUCUUCUGAUGAACAAGGGAGUCGAGAAGAAGGAGAGUUGCCAGCUGAUACUGUUUCUCCCGGAGGUAUGGAGACUGAGUAG